GAUAAUAAUAAACAUUCCUUGAUAUUCACUAUUAUUCUCAGUACACUAGAUUAACGCGUGUCUAUUGACUGUUUGUUUUUCUUCUAAUUAUAACCAUAAAAUGGGUGACCUAAAAUGUGCAAUGAAACGACAUAGUUAACCAAAAAAAAAAUGACCAAAGUGGUGAAAGACAAAAGUUUAACAAAUUCCGUUCAAGGAUCGCAUUCACGAGAUCCUAAACAGCGUCUGAAGAAAAAGAAGCGCAAAAAAGACCUCGAGCAACUUCGUAGCAAUGUACUUGCAACCAAAAAAAAAUUGUCACGACGAUCUCUUCAGACGAAAAACGUUGUGAAUAAAACUUCAAAAAAUUCAUUAGAAAAAACAUUAACUAAGUUUGCGGAAUUUCGUCAGAAAAUUAACAACAAAACUCAAGGAUUGGACAGUAGAAAAAACACAAAGAAAAGACGAAUUUGUGAGAGACUCUUACCUGAACCUGCCAUCGGAAUAUUUAGAAAUGGUGCGACAAGCAAAGAAGUUCGAAAAACAAAAAAUAAUAUUGUAAAUCAAAUAGAUGAAGCACGUCUUCAAAAUAAUCUGUUUAAACUUCUAAACGGAGAAGAAAGUUCAUCACCGGAUCAAUUGGCUGAAUCAAAUUUAGUUGAGGAAUCUAAUAGUACUUUCAAAAAAGAUGAAGAAGCCCAAGAUGAAUGGGAACAUGAUUCAGAAAAUCUCCAGUUUCAAACUCACACAAUCAAAGACAGCCCUUCAUCUAACAAUAGGAAAUGCUUUAAGAAGGCAUCAAAGGCUGUGAAUACUGAACAAAACGUCGUAAAAAGACGACAAACGCAUUUAAAUAUGUUAGAGAACGUUCAAAGAGUCAACAAGUCUAAAAGGAGACUCUUCGAGAAUGAUAAUGAUGUAGAAGAUUCUGAGACUAUUAAUCAUUUGCAAAUAGAACCAUUAUGUUUUUCGCCUCGAAUUGAUCAACCGGAUGAUAAAGUUCAAACUCAAAAAUUGCCAAAAUCAAAUGUCAAUGAUGAAAGUCAAUCAAUAAAACGCUGGGGCCACUGUCCAGCAAUUCGUUAUGAAGAAUUGUGUGCCAAAAUUCAAAGGCAACAUUUUAUUAAUCCUUUUCCAUAUUCAAACAUAGCUGAUCCUGAAUUUCGUGUUAUAAACGCUUUAUCUGCUCUUUACAUGGAAGUACAACAUCAAAAUUCGACUAGCACUCCAAAUGAUAAAUAUUUCGAUGAUAAAUGUCCAGCUAUUUCUUUUAAACUACCCGUAUCAAAUAAUGAAAUAUUUAACAGUAAAAUACGAGCUCAGCCAGAAAUGAAAAAUUUUAUCGAUUUUGGAGUACACAAAUCAUUUAUCGAAACAGAGAAUCUUGAAAGAAAAGAAAUGAAUUCUCACCCACAUGAUUCUAACAGAUCUGCUCCUAUCGAUAAUAAUCUUCCGUCAUCGAACAUAAUAGCAGAUUAUGCGAGAAAAAACUUAUUUUUUCAAGUUCCGAAUGGUCGUGAUAACGAGAAUAGAAAUUUAGAAACUAUCACCAUGACUCAUCAAAAUAAGGCAGAGGUGGAAGAAAAUAGUACAUGGGAUAGGUCGAGUACUUAUACUAGGCAUCCUGUACAGGGUAAAAGUAAUAUCAAACAUUCAUCAGGUUAUAAUAAUCAAUAUUCUCCACCACUUGGUUGGUGCGCUGACAUGGAGAAUCGUCAAAACUUUGCAAAGAAUUUCAUGCGACAUAACACUAAACACGUGCCGAAGAUAUUGCGAAAAGUCAAUUCUCACGCCAGUGUUUUAUUUGAUGUUGACAAAGUUGAAAGUCACGAGAUCAAUAACAACAAAAAUAAUCGUAAAUCUAUGUUUCCACAUGAAAUAAUAAAACCAACAGAGAAAAUUCAACGUCAUGUAGAAUUUGAAGAUAACAAAUAUAUUGAAGCUCCAAGUACUAUCCUGCGAAUGGUAAACAAUGAAAAAGUCGAAGUUCAUAAUUUUAAACUUGAUUUUGAUAAAGCAAUGUACAAAGUUAAUUCGAGUACUCAAUUACCUGGUCAAAACUUUAUUGAAGAAUUGGACAAAAAAAAAUAUUUAAUUAAAAAUAUGGAAAUAAAGAAAAUAUUAGAUGCUCGAAAAAAAUCUUGUUUAAAUAAUGAGGCUGCACAAGUCCAUAAAAUAUUAUCUGAUUAUUUAUUUAUAAAGUCUAAUGAUGGAAAUCAUAAUAAAAAUUCUGGAAAAAUUAAAAUAAAUAAUCAUAAAGAUAGAAAUGAAAUAGCUUAUGCAAACGACAAAUAUUUAAAUCAGCCAAAACAGUUUCCAUGUCAUUCACGAGUAGAUUUCAAUGCACCAGUUCAAAAUAAUGCCAUGAAUAAAUUUUUCCCUCUAAAAAAUAGGGAAGUACUAUCACGCAAUGAACAUCAAGAUUUUCAUGUAGCAAAUUUUCACUGUUCUAGUCAAUCAAAAGUUCCUUGUAGAAGAAUGAAUUCAAAACGAGAAGUUUUACCUCAGAACUGGGAACCACCAAAUUAUAUUCAUUGUCAUCGAAAUCCCGAGGUGUCUUUUAUUCCCAUAAAUAAUCAAACUGAGGUAAAGAAUUAUGAAAAUCUUGGUAGUACAGAAAUGGAAAUUAAUGAUGCAGUUCUACAAAAUUUCAAGGUUCUUUCAUUUGAGGAAGAUCAAUGUCUUGAAUCAGAAGCAAAUAACUGUCAAUCUAGAUAUCAUACAGAUAAUUCAUUACGUCUAGAGCAUGCUUUAAGUUUCACUCAACCAUCAAAAUAUCGUGCUGUGAUUGAAGAAAAUGAAAAUAAUCAAGCUCCCCAACGAGUUCCUAUUUAUCCUGAAGUUGAGAAGCAUACAAUACCAUUAUAUAACCAACCAAUUUAUAACAAAACUUCAUGCCAGCAGUUAUUGACACAUCAAGAACACCAGAAUGCUCAUAAAGCUGUUCAAUCAGGUAUACCUGUAGUAGUAUUUACGGAAAAAGAGAAAAAUCAUGCUCUAGUCAGACAAUGCUGUCCACAUCAUAAAGUCCCGAAAAGUUCACAUCCAAUAUCUAUCAGAAAUCGUCUUGAUGCUACAAAUGAAAAUUGUGGACGCAUUGUGGUUCCAACAAACUCAAUUCUAGCAGUAAAACCAAAUAUCCAAGGUGAUAGACCGUUCUAUUUGAAUAAUUCGAAUGCAUAUGAAAUUCAACUCGCAGAUGGACGAGUUGGGCUAUUAGUAUCGAAGUGAAAUCGUUAUAAUUAUGAAAUAAAAUAUUAGCCAAAUGUAGUAAUGGUGCUUUCAGUACUAUGCCAAAUUAUUCAAUUAAUUUUUGAUAAUAUCUUGAAUGAUAUUAUUCUUUAAAGCUCUAGUUACCUCUAGAAUCAUUGUUAUAACAAUAUUACUGUUAUUUUAGUUAUAGAUUGUAUGAGUUUAUUAAUUAAUU